AUGGUCGUGCUGAUCAUAUCAUGUGUCAAUGACCCAUACGAUGCAGCAAACUCCACUAAAGAUGAUGAGAGAGACCUGCGGGCACAGGCAACCGAACAGAACUACUGCUUUUACCAGUCUGAGGCAGACACUAUCCUCUUCUCCACUUACGCAGUGCUGCGAGAGUCAGGCUAUAGUGGAGUGUCGCAGCAGCGUUUAUCUCAAAGCAACUGCCUGGAUAACUUUGGAUUCUAUGGCAAGGGUAGGAAGUCAGUGUAUGACCAGGUGGCGAAUAGCCCAGUGGCACAACAACAGCUCUCACAGUGCGGAGAUAGCCUUGACCUUGAGGAGGAGGUGUUACAGGAGCUAUUCAAGUUCACAAGACAUGUCAUCUAUGGUGACCACAAGAGUAGCACCAUGGCUGAGGCCCGUGCAGUGAAGUGGAAGAGCAUGAAAAAUAAAUCAUUCAUCCGUCUACCCCCAGAUGAAGAUAGUUUACGCCAACACUGCCUCCGUGCCAACUACUUGGCAUAUCUAGUGCGAACAUUUAAGGUAGAGUGCAAAGCAUCCCUAGGAAAGCUCAUUUAUGUCAAGCUCUCCUCCAAGCCAUUUAUGGGUCUUGACAACCAGUGGUUCUGCAACAAGAUCUUGGUCACGACCCCUGAAGAUGGCAAGUUUUUGUUCCCAUGCUACCGAUGGCUUGGCAGUGAGGAGAAACUUGUUUUUAGACAUGCCAAAGCUUCCCUUGUGUUCCAGGACACCAACCCAAUAGCCCAAAGACACAGGAUGAGGCAGCUAGAGGAGCGACGGGAGAUAUUUGGGUGGAAAGUGUAUGCCGAGGGCAUGCCCCACGUUAACCACUAUGAAUCUGCCCUUGAUAUGCCUGCUGAAGUCCGAUUCUCUUUCUCGAAAAACACCGACUUUUUCUACAAUGCAGGAACGCAGUUAGCUGCUCUGAAGCUGGCAGGAUUAGCUGACAGCAAAAGGACAUGGGAAAGCAUCAACCAACUGGACACAAUCAUUUGUGAAAACAGAAACAAAACCAUUGAUUACGUUGAGGCGCACUGGGAUGAGGAUGAGUUCUUUGGCUACCAGCUGCUGAAUGGCCUCAACCCCAUGAUGAUCCAGCGCUGCUCAAAGCUGCCAGUGAACUUCCCCGUCACAGAGGAGAUGGUCAAAGACUCCCUAGGAGGGAGCAGCUUGAAGGUGGAGAUGAAGAAAGGGAACAUUUUCCUCUGUGACUACAAGAUGUUGGAUGGACUUGUGGGAAAUGAAGUCCAUGGCAGACAGCAGUAUCUCACAGCUCCCCUGGUCCUGCUCUACUGUGACUCUAACGAUAUGAUGCUGCCCAUCGCCAUUCAGUUUGUCUUUCCUCCACAGUUAGGGCAAAAGGCUGGGGUUCACAACCCCAUCUUCCUGCCCACCGACUCAAAGACUGAUUGGCAGCUGGUUAAGAUCUAUGUGCGGGCUGCAGAGUUCAGCGUACAGGAGGUUGAUAUUCACCUGCUGAGAACUCACCUGCUGGCUGAGGUGUUCACCAUGGCAACAUGGCGAAACCUCCCCUUCCCACACCCACUCUUCAAGCUUCUCAUUCCUCACACUCGUUACACAUUCCAGAUCAACAUCUUGGCUAGAAAUCGGCUGAUUUCCGAGGAUGGAUCCAUCACCAAAUAUUCAGGAAUUGGUGGUGCAGCCUUGGAAGAGUUCCUGAGGCGUGCGACUGCCUCCCUGACCUACAGCUCCCUCUGCCUGCCUGAUAACAUCUCUGAGAGAGGCCUGGACGAAGUACCACACUACUACUACAGAGAUGACGGGAUGAAAAUGUGGAACGUUAUCAACAAGUAUGUGGAAGGAGUCUUACAACAUUACUACAAAUCUGAUGAUGACGUGAAGAAGGACACAGAGCUGCAGAGCUGGAUCAGUGAGAUAUUUACCAAAGGCUUCCAGGAAAGGAAGAGCACAGGAAUACCUGAGAGUUUUCAGGCAGUGAGGGAUCUCAUCAAGUUUGUCACCAUGAUGAUCUUCACUGUAUCUGCCCAACAUGGCGCUCUCAACAAUGGACAGUUUGAGUUUGGCAGCUGGAUGCCAAACUUCCCCACUGCCUUAAGAAAACCCCCUCCCGAGCACAAAGGCCGGACCACUAAGGACACCAUCCUGGAGACCCUACCUGAUGUGGGCACGACGGUGAAUGGAAUGGCUGUCCUUAGACUGCUUAGCACAAAGUCAACAGACCAUUACCCUCUAGGAGUUUUCCCAGAAGAGCUGUAUGAUGAAGAGGUCCCUUGCACGCUAAUUGAAGAAUUUAGAAAGGAUCUGAGGGAGUUGACAGAUGACAUCGAGGAGCGGAACAAGAAGCUGGAGCUUCCCUACACCUAUCUGGACCCCAAAAAUGUGGACAACAGUGUGGCCAUUUGAAAGCGUAGAGUAGUCCUUCUUCAUUAUUUUGUCUUUUCUAGUACAGUUUUUCUCGUUCUCUUACACACUAUAACUGGGCCUAUUAACUAAACAUCCCAAACCGAACCCAAUUAACACACAGUUCCCUAGUUGCAAACACUUUGACUGUGUUAACAUUUUCAAACACACACAUAUGAUAGAUAGUUAAAAGAACUCUGCAUGGGAUGCUGAGACAGGAUAAAUGUGAUUUCUUUUCUUAAUGUACAAACUUUUUCUUUCAUUGGUUUAUAUUUUGGGAAUUAUCACACACACAUGAAUGAGAAACUCAAG